AUGGGAAUUCCAAAUUCAAAAGUUGACUCUGCUUCAUGUUCAAACAUCAAUUCGAAAAACACAGUCAAUCUAAAUACCAUCAGAAAUGAAACAAUCGACUAUCUCGAGAGAAGCAACAGUAUCUGCACCUGGGAUGACAACGAUAUUAACUCUCCAUACCUUCCGGGUGUAAUCCACACUCCAUCCAAAGAAUUAAUAUUUAGAAAGACCUCAAUUCAAUAUAUACAAGUUUAA